AUGGACGACGAAAAGACGGAAUAUUCAACAAUCCUCAGCAUCUUCGUCUGCUCACUUCCCUGCUGGAACAUUUCAUUGCAAGACCAGGAUGAAAAACGUCUUGCCAUCAAAAAAGCGAAGGAGGAUCUGGAAGAAUGGUUACAGAGUAAUCCAAAAGUACGGCCAACUAUGCGUUAUUCUAAAGCAGAAAUACUUUUUGCUGAUGAACCCAUCUGGAAGGCCGUUCAUGAGGGCGAACGGAAAGAAAUUUUUGCAGAUGCAUUGCGAAUACGUGGCAAUCUUGGUUUUGCUACAUCCAAUUUCAGAAAGAUUUAUGCGCCAAAUAUUGCGUUAUUAAAUAGUGUUAAUACAAAUGCUCGUGUUUCGAACAUUCUCGCUUUUCAGUCAAUUUAUUUUUCGAUGGAAUUCAUAGACAAACGUGAAAAAGAAAAUGCGAAAGCUGUUCGUCGUAGAAAUGUUCAAGCUCUAGCUGAUAUCCUAGAAGGGAUGGAGGAAAUAACUUAUCGGACAACGUGGGCACAAGCUCAGCGGCUCCUUAUUGAAAAUCCUUCAUUUGCCAAUGACAGCACCUUGCAAAAUAUGGACAAGGAAGAUGCGCUGAUUGUUUUUGAGGAGCAUAUACGUACGGCAGAAAAGCAUUAUUUAAAGGAAAAGGACAUGGAGGAGCGUCGAAGGCGCCGACAAGAAAGAAAAAUACGUGAAGCUUUUCAAGUUUAUUUGGUGGAACUACAUAAACGAGGGGAAUUGACUUCAAUAUCGUUAUGGAGUGAACUGUAUCCUGUCAUUUCUGCCGACUCGCGUUUUGAUAAUAUGUUGAAGCAGUCCGGUAGCACACCGCUAGAUUUAUUCAAAUUUUAUGUAGAAGAUUUAAAAAGUCAGUUUGGUCAAGAUCGACGAGUGAUAAAAGAAAUUCUAAAGGACUUGAAUGUAACAAUUGAAGUGGGUACAACUUUUGAUCAGCUUUGCAAAUGGGUGUCGUCUGACGAAAGAGGUAAAACCGUUGAUCCAGGUAACAUGAAACUCUGUUACAAUUCCCUGAUAGAAAAAGCAGAAGCUAAAGAAAAAGAACAGGAGCGUGAGGAAGCAAGAAAGAGAAGACGGCAUGAAACAGCAUUUCGAAAUAUUCUACGAACUUUAGUUCCUCCAGUUGAACCAAACUCACAGUGGGAAGUUAUACGGCCGAAAAUUGAAAACGAAGAAGCGUUUAUUACAGUUGAAACUGAGCAGCUUCGAGAGAAAUUCUUUAAUGAUUAUCUGCAAAAUCUAGCAGAAGCUUGUGGUCAUCAUCAUGGUUCAUCAAAGAAGAAAAAGAAGGAUAAGAAAAAGCGUCGGAAGGAAGAAAAAGAGAGCGAAACAGAAGGCGAAGCAAGACCAAAGAAAAAGAAAAAGCAUCACAAAUCGGAUCUAAGCGAUGAAGAAAAGGGUGAUUUUUUCUCGUUAUGAACAGAGCGAAGACGUAAAAAGAAGAAAAAACGGCUGCACUCAAAAUCUUGCUCAAGAUCGCAAUCUGUAGAACCUGUUGAAAAACAGUGCAAGGAGGAAGAAGAUUCUUCAUUGCAACAGGAUGGAAGUAACGAAUCAGAAUUAAGUGAGGGCGAAUUGGAGCGGAAGAGGAAAAUUUUGCUAAAUAAAUUGGAUAUUAGUGGUGAGCUCUUCACCCUUACGUAUGGCGCUUUGGUGGCAGAACUACUUCGGGAUUUGGAAAGUCCUCUGGCGGUUAACCGUCAGCUGGACAAAAUGGGCUACAAUAUAGGAUUACGACUAGCCGAUGAUUUGCUAGCAAAGAAUUCUCAAAUUCAGCGUUGUACAGAUAUGCACCAAGUUGCUGAUGUGCUGGCAAAAGUUGCUCUUCGCAGUUAUCUCGGAGUAACUGCGCAAGUAUCGAAUUGGAGUGCUCGUAAUGACGAGUUUUCUCUUGUCCUUGAAUCAAAUCCUCUAGCAGAAUUUGUUGAAGUUCCACCUGAGUUAGCGCAAGAUCUUAGGUAUUCACAAAUACUUUGUGGUGCAAUACGAGGAGCUUUGGAAAUGAUGCACAUGGAAGUGCAAACAUUCAUUGUACAAGAGCACAGUCAGAGUGUUGAGAUCAGAGUAAAAUUCAUUCGAAUAUUGCAGGAAUCAGUCCCGCCUGGAGAUGAUUAG